CCCCCUCAUCACUUGUGUAAAUCGAACGUCGAGCUGCACGAUCUGCACCUCUGCAGCAUUUCUGCUCGGUUCCUGUCGGUCGGGAUUCUCGGUAAACACAGCGGCAGAACCCGCCUCAGGCUCCGGACUACAUCCUUCUGUCGGUUCACUGUUGGCGGUGUUUUCAGAGCUGCCGCGGAGGAGAGAGAGAGAGAGAGAGAAUCGCUGGCUCUUCUCUAUAAUUAUCUUCAUAAUAACAAUAAUAAAAAAAGAUGAAUCGAGAUGAUGGUUGUAGCUUUGACUCAACGCACACGAGCAGCCCUGGAAACCAUAAUCAGCUGUGAGAGCGAGACGCAAAUUAUCUGAAUGAAAGUCACAGGAGGGGUUGGGUGGCCAUGGACCCAUUCAGCCAGCUCAUCCUCGCCAUCGCGGUGACCAGCUUCUUCACCUUCCAGUGGCUCUUCCACAGAGUCAGCCCCUGGAUGUCCACACACAUCAGCACAGGCUUCUCGGGCCUCAGCAACAAGCAGAAGGUGGAGUGGAACUCCAGGACAGUGUCGACAUUCCACGCGCUUUUGGUGGGAAUAUUCUGCCUCUGCAUCCUGCUCUUUGACGAUGCCGUGAAUGAAGACCCAGUCUGGGGAGAUCCUACAUGGGUGAAGACUAAUGUUGCAAUCACAACAGGCUACCUCAUAUCCGACCUGCUGCUUAUAUUUUACUAUUGGAAGGCGAUAGGCGACAAGUUUUUUGUAGUUCACCAUCUGGCAGCACUGUAUGCUUACUACUAUGUACUGGGCCAAGGAAUGUUGCCUUAUUUUGCUAACUUCCGUCUGCUUGCUGAGUUUUCUACACCAUGUGUGAACCAGCGUUGGUUCUUUGAGGUACUAGGAUAUCCCAAGUCAUCCCGGCCCAAUAUGGCGAAUGGUGUUGCCAUGGCAGGAGUCUUUUUCAUGGUCCGCAUCGCUGUCAUGCCGGUCUACUACGGUCGCAUGUAUGCAGUCUACGGCACCGAAGCUUUCUACCUAGUGCCCUGGGGUGGCCGUGUGGCCUGGAUCGGCUCAAGCAUCUGUUUAGACAUUAUGAACAUCAUGUGGAUGCAUAAGAUUGCACGGGGUUGCUACAAGGUGCUGCAAUCUGCACGCCGGGAAAAAGGCACGACCCCUCAGGAGAACGGGAAGAUGGAUUAAGGGAAACCUGGGUGUCUAGAGUGGGGCGGAAAACUGCCACAGUGCGGUAGAGGAUUGGACCCUCACAAAUCAGGUUGCUACUACGACAAAAACUUACACGUAUGACUUAAACCUGCAGGAUCGAAUGUAACGUGGAAAAGCUCUUUCUUCUUUUUUGUUUUCCUGGGAAAGCAGGCAGUCACUUAGAUGUGCUGAUGGACCAGAAACCUGGUCGUUCUUAAGCCAUGAUUAAGAAGAUGAAGCAAUACUUUGUGUGCAUGACCAGUUAAUGUUCUUAUUGACUAUUUCCAACAAGAAAAAUGGUCAUAGAGCAAAAAGGACUGUUAGCCCAACCCUAAAUCGUCAAAAGGUUUACCGAUGUUGAGAUAGUUCUACUGCCCAACAUAGGACUUUGUUCUUUGUUUUGUUUUUUGUAUUAACAACUGCAAAAAAGUCAGUCAGAUGUUAAAUUUUUUAAAGUGCAAACAUAAGAGGGAAUAUUUCAGAUACACCAAUGAAUUUUAACACUCAUCCGCAGACAUUGAAUGAAACCUAAGGUUGAAGGUCACGCGUUUAUUUCUUUUGUCUUGCUGGAAUCAAGGCAAAACGGUUUUAAAGAUUUAGAGAGCACUUGUAGAAAUGUAACCCAAUGUCAGUGACAUCCACCAAAUCCAGAUGAAAAGAUUAUUUAUUGACGCCAGACGGAUCUGUUAAACCAAAUGGUUUGUAUUAACAGCCAGAUGUUCUAUAGGAUGGGAGGUAAAAGGGUACUGUAAUGAGUCAAAUGUCGAUGAUGUUCUAGAUUGAGACACUUUUUAUCUUCGUGACUUUGUGUUCAUUGGUGUUCAGAUUAUAUUAAGGAUUCUAAAUUUACCCCAGAAGGAAAGAUAAUAUAAUUAUUUUUGUAUCUAUAAAAAGCUGUAAUAAGAGCUUCAUUUGGUAAAUGUUUUUUAAAUUGUAAACUAAGUAUAUGUUUUUUUUUUACUAUAAGUAGUUUUUGCCUCAUUGUGUGUAUAAUUUCUCCCUAAACUGUUAAACAAAGUUUUUUUAUUCAUUUUUUGGUCUUUUAACUGCAUGUAUCGCACAAAAACAAUAAACAAAAAUCUUCAUUCUGAUGACGAAGCAGCUUCACAUAAGAUCAUCAGAAACUGGAGCGAUUUAGAGAAAAGGUGGUACCGGGUCACGUAAAACUAAAGAAUAAAUACUUGAAUUUAGCUCUUGAGAAACAAGGAUUGUUUGUUGUUUGAAGUUAUGCCUUUAGAUUUUGUUGCCUUUGUAGAACCAACGUCUGAUUGGAUAUUGUUCUGACACCUGAAAGAACAACAACAACAAAAAAAGUUUCUUAUUGAGUUACUUGUGUGUUUAUCCCUUUAAUGUGAUUUGUUUUGCCUUUGGAAAACUGAGCGUUUCGUGAAGGCUGGAAUAAUUUUUCAAUGAUGUAUGUAUUCAUGGUAAACAUACACUCACUAUAGAUACACACUGCCCCUUAUCCCUUUUUUAAUGUUUGUUUUUCUCUAAACUUCUCUCUCUGCAUGAUGUAGUCUGCCUGUGUGCAGGUUCAGUUUUUUCCCAUGAUCCAACAGCGUCAAACGCUUCUUUUUAAAAGCUUUUUUGUUUGUUGCUGGCAGAAUCUGAAGAACGGAUCGCCUGUCAGCCUUCCUACUUGGAUUAAACAAAAUUCUCCAGACUGUUUAUGGACUGCGGGCUUCUCCGGAUGGAAUCGGGCACCGCUUCUUGCAAUUUCUACAACUGCAUGUGGUAUUGCAUGGGGAUUGCAUUGUAAACAAUAUACAUUUGCAAGGUUUUUUUAUGUUAUUUUGUAGAUAAUGUUUACUUAAACUUUAUUCUUGUACUGUGCCACAGUAUUCCAUAACUGAUAACAGUGCGAUGGUGACGGUGGGUAUAAUGUUCAGCACAGAGAAAAGGAAUACUUGAAAAUAUAUCAGCACAGUUUCAAAGAUCUGGGCAGUGCAAAUAAACACUUCUUAUAAAAGUCUUGCAUAUUAUAUGCUGUCUUGAAGCUAUUAAUUCCAACAGACGCAGAUGUAAAAUAAAGAGGAGAUUGUCGUUUCUCACGCUAUUUUUGUUCUUAAUGCCAUUAGAAGAAGUCAUCGGAGAAGGCGGAAGCUUUUGUGACAUUCUAUGAAUGUAUUGGAGAUAGAAAUGUGUCAUGUUUUCAUUUAUUUUGGACAAUAAAUACCAGAUUAACUCCUUU